GAUUAGCAGGGCUGGAGAAGCAGCUCGGCGCUCGGUUCUUUCUGCCUCUGUUUAGCGUGGCGUUAGCUCGGUGUGCAGCACCGAGGGUCCUCCGGUUUGGUUUGCCGCAUUCUCUUGGGUUAAAGAUGGCGAGUGAGUCGGUGAAGCUGUCCAAAAACCUGCUGCGGAUGAAGUUCAUGCAGAGACGUCUGGAUGCAGAGACGAAGAAGCAGCUGGAGGAGGACGAGCGGAGGAUCAUCAGUGAUGAGCACUGGUACCUGGACCUACCCGAGCUCAAGGCUAAAGAGAACCUGAUCAUCGAGGAGAGGAGUUUCGUUCCCUGCGAGGAUCUGAAGUAUGGCCGACUCUCCUUCAGAGGCUUCAAUCCUGAAGUCGAGAAGCUGAUGGCUCUGAUGAACCCCAGCGAGGAAGAGGAGGAGGAAGAGGAGGACCUGAGCCAAAUGCAAACAGACGUCACAGAUGAAGAAAUGGCUCUGAGGUACGAGAGCUUAGUCGGAAGCAUGAAGAAGAAGUUUGCAACGAAGCGAGAGCGAGUGGCGCAGGAGGCGGACGAGGAGAACCAGAAGGAGGUGAAGAGAGCAUUCGUGAAGCCUCAGGACUGAAGACGCUCGCGCUCCAGAUGUUUUUAGACAUGAGGCUGCCGUGGAGCAGCAGCUGUCUGGAUGUUAUACAUCCUGCUUUUAUGACACGAGGAGGACACGAGCAGCCUCAGAGCUCCUGAGAGCUGCAUGUUUAUUCCCUGUUUGUUUUUUAAUUCUGUAUGUGACUCACCUGAGGUGUGUUUAAAGCCACGCCUCCUCCACUUGUUUGCUCGUCAUGAGGAGGUGAAGGUUAGUUCAGACCUCUGAAGAUGUAAAACACAGACUGUAAAUAAAAGAUGGAGGCUC